GAGGUGAAUGGCAUAUGUUUUUUGUUCAGAAAACAGGAAUAAUAAAAAUGGCGCAAAAAAGCGUUGCUUGAAUAAUUAAACAUUUACAUGAGUUGUUUUUUUUUUACUGUUCAGUUAUUUAAUUCUCAUUCGGUGUUGUGAAAACAAAUAUAAUCUUUUUUAAUGUUUUUUUAAAAAAGAGAGAAAUAAAUGUUAUUACUCACAUGUUUUUUAUAGACGAGGAUUGGAAAGAUCUGUGAGGAGAAAAAGAAAACAGUUUGAUGUGUAUUGUGUAUGGAAAUUGUUUAAAUUAACAUUGAUGUGUUUCGUUCUAUCUAAUUGAUUUUUAAGAAGGAUUUAUUACCAUGCAAUUGUUGUUGUCUGUUAUCUUAACGAUAUCUGGAUAUAGAAUCGUGCACAGCUUUUCAAGUCAUAAAUUACACGAAGCCUUUGCAGCCAAGAACCUUCGUCGUUAUGCACGUGAUACAGAUAACGAGCUUAGUACGUAUAUAGACAAUACUUCGAAACCAACUGGCUACUAUACUGAUACACCUUCAACAACUGCACCAAGUUCUAAAUCUAAAAAUGCACCAAAGUGGCUGUUAUAUGUAUCGGCUGUUCCUACAAUACUUGUGUUCAUUAUAUGCGUCAUCAUAAUUGCUAUUAAAAAUUACUACGAAGAAGAUGAUGAAAUGGACAUAAAAACAACACAACCUGAUGGCUUACUCGCACUAGCAACUUCAGAUGCUAUGAAAAAGAUGUCUAAAUCAAAAAAGAAAACUAAAAACAAAGAGGUGUAUGACGUCAUGCUAGCCAAGUUUAAAGCAGAUAAGAAUAAAAAAAGAUCUUUUGUUGGAAGACGGAGUUCACAGAUACGUAUAGAGGGGAUGGUGAGUCGUAGUCCGAAAAGUUUAGCGAGGAAGCAUAUUAUUAUCGGGAAGCUUAAUCAAGAGGACUUAACACCCGACGGAGAGUCGUCUGCACUUGGGCAACUGGUACAGUUGAGCACGCACACGUUUAUUGGGUCGACUUUAAUAGAACAAAUGGAGGAGUCCGAAUGGGAAAAUGAUAAAACACAUAUUAGAAGUAUUCUUGAACGUUCCAAAGAAGAUCUUUCCGAAGCACGGAAAAUUUUACCCGAUGAUGUAAACGAGGCCUUACUUCCUGAAGAUUUAGAAGAAGCAUUUCGUAAUUUUGGUAAUUGGGAAGAAUCUUUGAUAUAAUCAUGCUAUCAGUUUAUCAACCAACUGCAAAAAAACGACAAACAAUAUCUGAUUUGUCUCAAGAACGUUUGGAAAAGUUUUUAAAGGAUUCUCAAAAUUAUCAGGGAAGAACAUUGAGGCAUCCAACCACGAAUUUCUAUUAGAACAUUAUUUUUAAAAAAUAUUUUGUAUUGAAUUUGCUAGUGCUUUUUGGCCAUCUUAGAUGGGAUAGUAAUAUUACAAUCUACUAAUAUGUCAUCAGUCCUUCUAAUCGGAAAAGCCUCAAGAAUGAGUAUCUUUUCUGUUUCACUUGAAUUGUUCCUAUGAACGCAACUCUAGCGGAAAUUUCGGACCAGUCGUAUUAAUUGAAUGCUAUAAAAAGGAUACUUACAUUUGAAAGCAAGAAUUGUAAAUAACUUAGCUACUUGUAAAUAUGUUUUAAAAAGAAAAUGUUUUAAAAUGUUUUAUUGUCACCGACCCGAGGGUUUAAAAACACAAAUCACAUAACAGUUUGAACUUCGGCUUGUAGUUUCUAAUUGCUUCACUUGAUCUAUUUUGAACUUGUAGUAGCCGAAAAAUACAACACAAUACGCCUGCGGUAAUGUUAAAAGCAUUUUUUUCAUCCUAUUGUAAUGCAAACAGCUGCAAAUCAUUGUGAAAAGAAAUAUGUCCAUUUUGGCGCCUUAAUUUUGGCACAGGGAAAAGCUGAUUAUCAAUUGUCUAUAGUAGUAAAUUGACACACUCAGCAUCUUUUAUGCAGGCGUCAGCAAUUGAGAAAACGUAAAUACAAACCUAGAUUGAGGUGGGUAUUCUGUUUGCCAUGUAACUUUAAAAACAGUAGUUAGUUCGUUAACAGAAGAAAUAACUUCUGUAAUCAAAGACGCUUCCGCGAGCGAUAACUCGCUAUUUUUUUUCGAUAAACCUUUACGAAUUUACAAACUGAAAAAUUUCUCGCGGAAAUUUUUUGUGUUGUUAAGUGACCUAUAUUGUUAUUGUUAUUGUUUUCGGAGACUUGUUGGAAGAUUUCAAGAAGAAACAUUUUUUAUCGCACUUGUUAGUACGCAAACUCUCGCCAAAUGAAUGAUAUAAAAAAUUAUCCAUUCUUUCCUACUUGUAGAGAAACAAAUUUUUCAUGUCUGCAAGAUAAAACAAAUGACAUUACGAACUUAUGGAAAACGAGCCUUUUCGGUGAAAUUUACUGAAAACGUAACUUAAUUUUGUCUCUAGGAGAAAUGUUUCCUGACUAAUUUUCCACGGUUACUACGAGAACUGUCGCCGGCUAAGGUUAGGUCUUUCAUCAGCCUAUCAGGAACAUUACUAUUGGACUUUACAAAUAAAUUCACAAACUUUUCCGAGUUUCUGACUAAAGUCAACACUCGCCAAUUAUCAGCUUUCUUGGGAACUCUGUCAUCCAUAGUGAAUAAAAUUGAAUUUGCUGAGGGAAGGAACGUGGUCUUGCUAGUUAUAACUACAACAAUCAGGUACUUGUUAAAUAUAUUUGUCAAAAAUAUUACAAUAAAAUUAAACAUUAAAUCUCCAUACCUAACAUUGAAAUCGUAAAACCACAACUUUUCCCAAGUGAAUUUCGUGUUGCAUCAAAGGCGAAGUUAGCAUACUAUAUUGUUAAGCAAAUCGGUAAAGGGAUUCUUCCCCAAAUUAGCGUAAAUUAAUUUUAAAAAAAUUA